ACUAUAAAAGUUGACGACUGGGGCCAGAAAAGUAUCAUUCGCCGACCAAGUUCACUUCUGCAAAGAACCCAAUCAGCUCUCAGAACACAAUGGCCUUCAAGUUUGUCUUCGCUCUUGCCUUCGUGGCCGUUGCCAGCGCUGGAUACGCCCCCAUUGCCGCCCCCCAGGUCUACCACGCCGCCCCGGCUGUGGCCGCCUAUGCCGCUCCCGUGGCUGUGGCCCAGAAGGUCGUCGUCAAGGCCGCCGAGGAGUACGAUCCCCAUCCCCAGUACCGUUUCUCCUAUGGAGUCGAUGACAAGCUGACCGGCGACAACAAGGGACAGGUGGAGGAGCGCGAUGGCGAUGUGGUCCGCGGCGAGUACUCCCUGAUCGAUGCCGAUGGCUACAAGAGGACCGUCCAGUACACCGCCGACCCCAUCAACGGAUUCAACGCCGUCGUGAACCGUGAACCCCUCGUCAAGGCCGUCGCCGUUGCCCCCGUUGUCAAGACCAUUGCUCCCGUUGCCACCUAUGCCGCUCCUGCCCACUACGCUGCCCCGGCUGUCGUGAAGACCGUCGCUCCCGUUGCCCACUACGCCGCCCCUGCUGUCGCUCCCGUUGCCACCUAUGCCGCUCCUGCUCACUACGCCGCCCCCGCUGUGGUCAAGACUGUGGCUCCCGUUGCCCACUAUGCCGCCCCCGCUGCCUACACCACCUACGCCGCCCCCGCUCCAGUUGCCCACUACGCCGCCCCCGCUGUGGUCAAGACCGUUGCCCCCGUGGCCCACUAUGCCGCCCCAGCUGCCGCCUACACCUCGUACUCGGCUCCCGCCGUCAGCUACCAUCACUAAGAACGAAGGACCCGGAGACACACCUAGGCUCAGAGGACUCUGAAUCGAGGACUCUGAGUUGUACAUAGAAUUGUUGGCUUUAUUAUUACUGUACAUUUAUUUAUUGACAGCACCAAUAAAAAAAUGCAUACGAGUAUGUAGAUAUAUCAUGAACAUAAA